UCACAGUAGCAGACCCACCAUAGUCGCAGCUUAAGCUCGUAUUAGCUCACAAGUUUCGGUGGCGUUGUGGUCACGUAAAAAAAGUAACCAGUUGAUCUGGACAGAGCGGCGGGAGCGGCUGCGGGAAAGUGACAGCUGCGCCGGCGCCGAAGUCAUCGCGCAACCAAUCAGCUGUUUCGAUUCCGCCGGGGAGGGAAAGGGCAGGAAAGGGUGUUUCGCGCGCUCUGCGCCUGCGCAGGCUUCGUUUCUGUUCAGUCUUCUAUAUUCUAUGGUUCAGCAUAGAGAAAGGAAUUCAAUUUCUUUCUCUAUGGUUCAGUCUCGUAAGACGGAUGGGACGGCCACGCGUUGUGCGUUCCCCCGAGGAACAAGCUGCCUUCGACGAGCGGCGGCGAGCAUUCGCCCGUGAAAGGGCUCGCCGUCGGCGCGCCGAUCCAGCCGUUAGAGCCGCCCUAGCCCAGGCAAUCCGGCAGCGACGACAAACAGAACCAGAGUUCAGAGAGCGGAAUGUCGAGGCAGUCCGACGGCGACGAGCGGCAGACCCCGAGCUCAGGGAACGGGAGGCCGCGGCGAAACGCCAGAGAAGAGUUGCCGAUCCGGAGUUCAGGGAACGGGAUAUUCAAGCGAAACGGCAGCGACGAGCUAACGACCCUGAGUAUCGGGCCAGGGAAUUAGAGCGUCUUCAACGGCGUCGACUCGGUCUCCCACAAGGAGCAGGCAUCUGUGCCGACAACGGUGGUGAUGGCCAACCCUUCCCCUACCGGAAAAUGGGGGACAGAAAAAAGGAACCUGCCUCUUCCUGCACUCAUGGAAAAUCAGCGAAACCUGUGCAGACUGAGGCCUCAUGGCUGUUCAACAGCAGUGUGGAUGUUGCAGUUGAGACACCGAGAAGCAUUCACGUGUGCAAAUCAACCCAGGCGUCACUUGUUGCUGUCAAGGUGCACAGGUGGACAGAAACCACAGAUCUUGUUGAACGCAAGGACAGUGCAACUUACGUGCAAGAGUUUCCUGCUCCGCACGUGCGUGGGAUGCCAGGGCUUACCAACAUGGAUCAGAGCCCCGGAGUUGCCACGCUGUACAGCCAUCAAGUAGAUGCGCAAUGUGACGGCACAUUUGUGGAUCGCUCCACUAGCCCUGCUGCUGUUCGAAUACCGUAUCACAGAAGGUGUAUUGUGCGCUGGUGCACCAAUACGUUGAAGACGUACCGAGGAAGAUUAUUCCGUAUUCCUAAAGACCACAGGAUGGAAGCUUUCCUAAGGUACAUUGAAAGGCCACAGCUGAUAGGGUUGCCAAAGGAAAUAGUAAAUAAUUACCGACUCUGCUCAGCGCACUUCACGGAAUCGGACUACGUGAACACGGCGAAAAACAAACUUAUAUGGUCGGCCGUGCCAUCCGUAAAGGCUCCAGAUAAGUCGAAAGGUAAAGCUGCCAACCUGGGCACCUGCGCGAGCCGCCGCCUCAGCCAGGGCCAGUCUGGGCUAUGAAGAGAUCCCAUCAAGUCAUCCUGCUGCUUUAGUGAGGCCACUUCCUAGUCAACACAGGCAGGAGCUCCCGGCUCAGGGAGAUGCAGUCAGUGAUGUGGUAUUCAACUACACGGCCACUCAGUUCACUCAACAGCAGCUGCUGCAGCCCAGAUCAGUCCACAGCAACAACAAGCAAUUAAGUCAGUUACCGUGGGCAGAGGGAGGUGCGAGGUAUGAUUCUAGUCCCCGUGAGUUUGACGGGAGCCAACCUUCAAGGGGUGCCACAGUGUCUUACAGCUGAUGAUUCCUUCUGCCAGAGGCAACUGCCCAGCACAAGUGGGAACCAGUGCCAUUUUUUUUUGAAGAGGAAAUCUCUCCUGUUGCCGCAGUGAAGUGAACGAGUGUCGCAUACGUCUGCACAUUUUGCUUGCAAGCAUUUCGGAGAUAAGAUCCCUCGCCGCCCAUGUGGAGGAGUGCCCGUGCUCGCAGCCAUAUCAGUGUCACUUGUGCUCUAGUCAUUGCUCAGACUGGAACAGGACGCAGAUCCAUCUCAGGGAAUCGGGAACAAAGUGCCCUUGCGAGCACACAAUUGGCACAAGGACCUGGGAGGCGAUGUGACGCAUAAAGCGGCAUGUGGCUGUCAAGCAGUUCAUGUGCAGCGUCUUCAAAUUAUCCUUCACGAACAGGUACAUUCUUGUUGCGCACGUUCGCCGGCGCCACCUGGUGCAUAAUUUAUACAAAAUUUAUACAUGUGUAGCUGGUGUCCAAAGUCGUACUUUAUAAGAAAAGUCUGCGAAUUCAUGUUUGUCCAGGCGGCUGUACUCAAUCGGCACUCUACUGUUGUUGUUCCUUGUCUAUGCCACGCAAUGUCACUGGGGCUGUCAGCUCUUGCACACUUGACACCAUCUCCCCACACAUUGUAGUUGCUUUUUUAAGACUUGCACUUUCUUCCAAAAUCUUGACAUGGUACAGGUUUUGCAUGAGUGAGGCAUAUGGCUUUCUGCUGACUGUGCGCUGUGCCGUGACUCCUUGGCUUGUAAGACCACUCACGACUUCAUUUGGAAAUAUGUAAUUAAUAUUGUGUACGAAUAUUGUUGUUACUGAGAUUCGUUUCUUUUGAUACAUGCGUUGGUGCAAGUGCCCUUGUGCGACAUUCUUGCUUUGCCUUGAUUUUUUUUUUACUUUUUCCAGGCCAACUACUCUUCUGUUACACAUUCCUCUAUUUCACUUAGGAUCGGUUUGCUUUGUAUCUUUAUACAUGUUGUUUUCCUACUGCUACCAAAUUCUUAGUCCUGUCCCCCACAGUGUCCUUGUGCCAUUUCCUGUGAUAAUAUGUCAAACGUGUGCCUCAGAACCAACAUCACUCAUCAGGAGUGACAUAAUUUGCAUUGCACAAACCUGAACCACAGAGCCCUAACAGUCUCUGUAGUAUUCUGUUUCAUACUUGACAGGCCAUUCAGCGCGAGCUAUGAGAAUAGCGCCAUUAUGAGAAGUCUCACUUCGUGUUUCACACUGCACUUGUUCAGGAUCUGCGACACUUUCUGUGAAGUAACUACUUCACUCACGUGUUACAAGUACAACUUGUAGUCUUGAGGUUAUGUCAAGUCACAUAUGUGUUUUCUUUUGUGCUUCCAGCAGCCAAUGCACUAUGUUUUGGUCGCAAGCACAGGCUGUGCACUAUGGCCACUGGUCCCACAAAUGUGUCACUUCACUUGUUUGGUGAUAAAUAGGUCCAGCCAGGAGUGCCUUUCAUGUUAUAAUUAUGUAAUAUUUUGCUACAUGAGAUAGGUGACUUAAUGCUACAUUGAAUUACACGAUGCAUACCUACAUUAUUCUUUCAUGUGUGAUGCAUAAUUUUUCAUCGCCAGUGCAAGCCCUGAGAGAAGACUUUUGUAGUGUCGCUUAUAUAUAGUAUCUACGACCAGUUCACACCAACCAAUGAGGCGCAGCUAUAAAGGUGCUGCUGCCUUACAUGAAACGUGCUGGGUUGUACAAUAAAUUGUGACUGGGUGACAUAGAGCACUGUGUGAUGUUUUGUCUCUAUUAGUGACAGUGACUGCAUGUGUGACAUGUGACAUUGUGAUACACAGUGUGUGCCCACACAGAUAGUCUUUGUCAUUCUUUAUUUUCUGUCUUCUUUCAUGCCACAUUUCCCAUUCCCUUGUACUGGUAGCCAGCAGAAGAUUCUGUGGCUAACCUCCAUGUCUUUUCUUUUUUAUCUCUCUCUCUCUUUGCAUAUCACUUUCUGACAUAUGAUACAUCAUUACAAAUACAAGACGCCAACAUGGAGUCUUGGAGCCGGCAGUUGUUGUUUUAAGAGUGCAAUCUGGAACAUACACCACCCUCGUAAACAUGCAAAAUUGGGUAGCUGUGCAUGAUGAAAGAAAUUUGUGCUAACUUUUUUCUUUUUCAUCUUAUUUUCUUCUGUUCCUUUUCUUUUUCGCUGGAACACUGCUGUUGUUGCAUGGUCAGAGUAUUUGCCAAAUAAAGAAUGAAAAGCAAAACACACUGAUCCUGAUUCAAUUCGGAAGCGAAAGGCUUGGAUAGUUUGGAAUACAUUUUUAGCCUUGCUUUUAGAACAAACACCAUAUACACUGCCCCUGCCACUUGGACAAAGCUUAAAUGAGCUCCGAAAGAGCUUUUACAUGUCCUCUGAAGCUCUGGCCAAAGCUUCGUGUCGUCCACCCAGUCAGCCUCUACGAUAUCUCCCGAAACAGAGGUUUCCAGAGCCACGCCAGGCAUCAUAUACAUCCAUUGGAAACACGGAGGCAGCUGAGGCAAGCAAUGGACGCGUCACCAUGUGAUCAAACAUGGCAGCAUCCACGGGAUCGCCGCAAAAAAGGUCAAUAGAUUCUACUUUCCACUGAACACUUAUGCCCGAAGAUAGAGCUUCUUGAUCGCACUUUUCAGGAUUGUUAUGAUCCGUUGCCUGUUUUACUCAAAAUAGAAAUAGCGGCUUGUAGAGGAGUUAUUCUUUACAGCUUACUUCGAUGUGUGUAUCAGUCAUUUAAAUACAAUGAAUGCAGGGCAUGAAAAAAAAUUAAUGGCGAAUAUACCCGUGGUAUUGCAGGUGAUGAGCGCUAGCUAGUCCACAUUUUAAGGCGAAAGCCUUAGUUACAUCUCUGUUUCAAGGUCGUGUAUUGAGGUAUGGAGGAAGGAAAAAGACGGGAGGGACCAUACCACAACGCAAUUGAAGCCGAGUGGUGGCCCAACUUGGCCAAACAGGUGGUAAAAACAUCAAAGCGUG